AUGGGCUACGACAACAUCGUCAUUGUGGGCGCGUCUGCCGCAGGUGCUUAUGUGGCUCGGAGCUUGGAAAAGAGCCUGCCUACUUCUCAUCGCAUCAUUCUCAUCGAACGCCUCGAUUACAUGUACCACCCCAUCUCCGCACUUAGGGGUAGUGUCGUUGCAGGCAAGGAGCACCUCUCGUUUGCCGAUCUCGACAGGUUUUUUGGUCAGGAUUCUCGUCAUGUUGUGCUACAGGCCACCUCCGUCACAGCGCUAUCGCCGUCGUCGGUUACCAUCUCGUCCAUCUUCGAAGGCAGCGACACGAUCCCCUUUGAGCGUGCCGUGUUGGCCCUCGGCUCCAGCUACCCAGUCCCUGGUCGUCCCUCGAGCACCAACAAGGCUGAGGCCAUUGAAGGUCAGCGACGGAUUCAGAGGGAUGUCGCCGCUGCCUCGUCGGUUCUCAUUGUCGGAGGCGGCCCUGUCGGUGUUGAAUUCGCCGGCGAGUUGCGGAGCGUAGACAGGCAAAAGAAGGUGCAGUUGGUCACGUCGGGUCAGACCUUGCUUCAAGGACCUUUCAAGCCAAGCCUGCAAAAGAGCCUUCUCGAGGGCCUGGCCAGGAUCGAUGUGCCAGUUCGCUUCAAUGCCAAGGUGGACCUGCCCUCAGACGUCAAGACUUUGGAGCUCUUGCCUCAGCAACGCAGCUUCUCGCUCUCCGAUGGGACAGAGGUUGAGGCCGAUUUGGUCAUGAUCGCCACAGGCGCCCGCCCCAAUACCUCUCUCCUCAUCGAGAGCGGCUUUUCACGAGCAUUAGACGACGAGAAGCGCAUCAAGGUGGAUGCAAAGACGCUUCGGGUCCUCGACGAAGGGUUGCAAAAUUACUACAGCCUUGGUGAUUGCGCCAAUGCUCCAGGGACAAAGACUCACGUCGCAGCCAAGUUUCAGGCGCCCGUGGUUGCCUCUCAGCUCCUCUCGGACUUGGGAGGUGCAAGGGCAAAAGUAUAUUCGGCACCCCCCUCCAUCAUGGUAGUACCACUGGGGACCUCGGCCGGUGCUUCUCAGCUCUUUGGUUUAGUCUUGGGCGCGUGGAUCACCUCCUUUAUGAAGGGAAAGUCCCUGUUCGUGGACGAUUUCAAGAAGUUGUACGCUUCGGCAUAA